AUGAUAGCUCUACUAGGUGAUAGGCAAGAUAAGCAGAAGGAAGAUAAAAGCGAGAAGUCAGAAGAGCAAGCGGCGGCAAAGAUCCAAGCGGCGUUUCGAGGGCAUAAGACUAGGAAAUCCAUGAGUAUGAAGGCAGCUACUAAGAAGCCGGAACCAGAGCCAACCAAAGCUGAAUUGGAAGCCGAAUUUAGAGCUGAUGAUAAAGAUCUCUGUGACGCUGCUACCAAGAUUCAAGCUUCGUUCCGAGGUCAUCAGGCUCGCAAGCAAAACCAGGAGGAGAAAGAUAAGGAGCAGCAGGAUAAGGAAGACAUCGAAAAUAUUGAUCUGGAAGAUCCGGAAUUGAAUAAAGCAGCGACCAAAAUUCAAGCGUCUUUCCGCGGCCACAAAGUUCGCAAAGACGUCACUAAUUAA